GACUCGUAUCCACUUACCAUCCGUCUGGAUAAACUAACUGAAGCGUUCGUUACUAUACAAAUCUUGCUCCGUGGCACAGAAUUUUAUCAAUCGAAAAUCCAGAGUGAAUCGGAGUUUUCCAUCAAAAUGAAGAUUCUAAAUAUUUCGCAUAGGCAUUCAUUAAUUCUAUCUAAAUUCCAGAAUCAUAUUAUCAAGAAUGUCUUCAAAUUCAGAACCCGUAAUUCCUGUCCCUACCAUUUUCUUAUCCACGCUUCACGCAGUCGAAAAAAUGGCAGCACAAUGACAGUCUCUUGUAAGCUCAAAACCUCUAAGAACGAUAUUAAUAGGAAGAGCAUGGACAAGAGUUUACAAACCAAGAUUGUGGUGCCUGAGCUGGAUGGAGCACCGUCACUUUCUGAGGCGGCGGAGGAGGGAGGAAGUGGUGCUCCAGCAAAACAACCGCCGCUGUCUAGUAAGAAAAACGGUUUUGGGUUGUUGAAGGGGUUUCCUAGAAGGGUUUUGGCAGUUCUUUCAAAUUUGCCUCUGGCUAUUGCUGAGAUGUUUGUUGUUGCUGCCUUAAUGGCCUUAGGCACUAUAAUCGAUCAAGGUGAGGUGCCAGAACACUAUUUUCAGAAAUACCCCGAAGAUAAUCCUGUCCUCGGAUUCUUCACAUGGAGGUGGGUUCUCACACUCGGCUUUGACCGCAUGUACUCAUCUCCAGUAUUCCUGGGAACAUUGGCUCUCUUGGGAGCAUCACUCAUGGCGUGCACAUACACAACACAGAUCCCUGUUUUGAAGGUAGCAAAAAGAUGGUCUUUCUUACAUUCUGCAGAGGCAAUUCGUCGGCAGGAAUAUUCAGACACCUUGCCCAGAGCUUCAGUUCAGGACUUGGGCAUCCUUUUAAUGGGGGCUGGAUAUGAAGUAUUCUUGAAAGGGCCAUCAUUGUACGCCUUCAGGGGUUUGGCUGGUAGGUUUGCCCCUAUUGGAGUACAUUUAGCAUUGUUGCUAGUAAUGGCAGGUGGAACUCUUAGUGCUACUGGGAGCUAUAAAGGAUCUGUAACAGUGCCCCAGGGUUUGAACUUUGUUAUCGGAGAUGUGCUGGGGCCCAGUGGGUUUCUAUCAACUCCUUCAGAAUCUUUCAAUACCCAAGUUCAUGUCAAUAGGUUCUACAUGGACUAUUAUGACAGUGGAGAGGUUGCUCAGUUUCAUAGCGAUCUGUCUCUGUUUGACCUUAAUGGGAAGGAGGUAAUGAGGAAGACAAUAAGCGUCAAUGAUCCUUUGAGGUACGGAGGGAUCACUAUAUACCAGACUGAUUGGAGUUUAUCGGCAUUACAAAUAACAAAGGAUGAUGAAGGACCUUUUAAUUUGGCUAUGGCACCUCUAAAAAUCAAUGGGGACAAAAAGCUUUAUGGAACUUUUCUGCCUGUCGGAGAUGCUGAUUCUCCUGAUGUUAAGGGCAUAUCGAUGCUAGCUCGUGACUUGCAAUCAAUUGUCCUAUAUGAUCAAGAAGGAAAAUUUGCAGGAGUCCGGCGGCCAAAUUCUAAGCUUCCGAUUGACAUUGAUGGUUUUAAAAUUGUUGUUGUAGAUGCAAUUGGUAGUACUGGCCUUGAUUUAAAGACUGAUCCUGGUGUGCCAAUUGUUUAUGCUGGUUUUGGUGCUCUAAUGCUCACCACAUGUAUCAGUUUUUUAUCACAUAGCCAGAUUUGGGCAUUACAAGAUGGAACGACAGUGGUGAUUGGAGGCAAAACAAACCGAGCCAAGGGUGAAUUUCCAGAAGAGAUUAAUCGGUUGCUUGAUCAGGUCCCUGAAAUAGUGGAGUCAACUUCUUCUACACAAUCUAACAAUCUCAGUGGCUAGUUCCGAGGAGCUACAUUUUUAGAAAUUGAAAGAAACUUCCGUUUUACAUUAUUAGCUGGAGAAGAGACAUUGGAUGAUCAAGGUAAGAGUAUGAAUGAUAUGUGCUUGGCUUUUCGGCUUGCUCUUGCAAGGAGAUUGCUUAACAUCCAGAUUUGAGUUGUUUGACAUUGCUGCAGAAUACUGGGACAUAUAUACAUAUUUGUUCAUACACCAAACUUGAUAAGGUAAAAAAAAAAAUUUGAAGAAAAAUAUUGUUCGUCUCAGAUGUAUUAUUCUUGGUGUAACUCGAGCAAAUGCAGCAAGUAUCUUUUUGAGUCAAAGAUGUAUUCGUUGUUUUUCAGGAUCUUCUGAAAAAAAUAUGAUGCUAAUUCACACAUUUCGUGUUUCUAAA